ACCCACAAUACCACUAACUCCACCAAACAAAGAAAGAGGAAAAAAAGAGCCUCUCACUUCCAUCCCCAACCAUAUAAUAUCCUCCCAAAGCAAUACGCUUCAUAUAGCCUGUGCAACAACACAACAAUCACCAAUCACCAACACACGCAAAACAAAAGACACACACUCUGCUCACAAUAACAGAGGAAACACAAAAUGUCGUGGCAGACCUACGUGGAUGAUCACUUGAUGUGUGACAUUGACGGCCAAGGCCAGCAUCUCUCCGCGGCUGCCAUUAUCGGUCUCGAUGGCAGUGUCUGGGCCAAGAGCUCUUCCUUCCCCCAGUUUAAGCCAGAGGAGAUGACUGGGAUCAACAAGGAUUUCGAAGAACCGGGUCAUCUUGCUCCAACCGGGUUGCACCUUGGGGGCGCAAAGUACAUGGUAAUCCAGGGAGAGCCUGGCGCUGUCAUCCGUGGAAAGAAGGGCUCUGGAGGUAUCACUAUAAAGAAAACUGGACAAGCUCUAGUAUUUGGACUCUAUGAAGAACCUGUGACUCCAGGGCAGUGCAACAUGGUUGUUGAGAGGUUGGGGGAUUACCUCAUUGACCAGGGCCUGUAGGCUUAUAUCUAUCAUGACCCUAGUAUUUCAAUUUUGGAUUUUUGUUGCUUUUCUUUAUUUUUUCUUUUCUGGGGUUUUGGUUCCCAGUUUGCAUCUCCUUCAUCCAAAAAGCCUCUAAAAAUUGGUGGUGAAGUUGAAGUUGUUGCAGACAAUAACCAUCUGAGAAGGACUAAAAGCAGUUGUUUGGUUGCUUGAAUUGCAUAAAACUUGAUAUUUCAUGAUAAUAUUUGUAUC